AUGAAUGUAGGAUCAAAUUCUGUAGAAAACAACCAUUUAGUUGAUAUCAAUGAAGUCUUGCAUGAAGAGGAAGAGGAUUACAAUGAAGAAAACAGUAACAUUUCAAUCAUAGCUGAUAAACCAGACACGCGAUUCAACAGGCCUACGAAAAAUAGAGAAAUAAAAAGGCCUCCUAGGAAAUUCAGCAGACAAGUUUCACUAGAGACAGGGUUCUCUGUACUCAAUGGAGAGACAUCUAAAGAUAAAAAUGAGCGAAAAAUACUCGGAAGAAGUGGAAAGAGUUUUGGAGGAUUUGGUGUCAAUGGAACAACUGGUAUUGAAGCAAGAAAUAAAGGAGAUUUCAACAUGUUCAGGACUAAAUCAACUAUUGCUAGACAAUCUUCAAAGAUACCACUUAGAAAAGAAAGUGGAAUUGAACUUCAGAACAAUAAUGUUAAAGAAGGACUUAAUGAUCAUGUCAAGAAAAGUGUACCUGCUGGAAGAUACUUUGAUGCCCUUACAGGACCUGAACUUGAUCAAGUCAAGGAUUCUGAGGACAUUCUUCUUCCAAAAGAUGAAAAAUGGCCUUUUCUACUCAGGUUCCCAAUUGGUUGCUUCGGUAUCUGCCUAGGCCUUAGUAGUCAAGCCAUCCUCUGGCGUUCUCUUGCUCUGAGUCCUGUCACAAAAUUCCUCCAUGUUCCACUUUUCAUUAACUUCGCGGUUUGGCUGUUAGCCGUGGGGGUUCUAGUUGCAGUCUUCAUAACCUACAUGUUCAAAUGUGCUCUUUACUUUGAAGCUAUAAAGAGAGAGUACUUUCACCCAGUGAGAGUCAACUUCUUUUGUGCUCCAUGGAUUGUAUGCAUGUUUUUAGCUAUUGGUGCACCACCUAAAACAGCACCAGGAACUCUUCACCCUGCCAUCUGGUGUGUCUUCAUGGCCCCAAUAUUCUUCCUCAAUCUCAAAAUCUAUGGCCAAUGGCUUUCAGGAGGGAAACGACGUCUCUGUAAAGUAGCCAACCCCUCAUCUCACCUCUCUGUAAUCGGGAAUUUCGUGGGAGCUAUUUUGGCUGCUAAAGUGGGGUGGAAGGAGCCUGGAAAGUUCUUGUGGUCGAUUGGCUUUGCACAUUACCUUGUGGUGUUUGUCACAUUAUAUCAAAGGUUGCCAACGAGUGAAGCGUUGCCCAAGGAACUUCACCCUGUUUAUUCCAUGUUCAUUGCCACUCCAGCUGCAGCCAGCCUUGCUUGGGGUGCUAUAUAUGAUGAAUUUGAUGGCUUGGCAAGAACCUGCUACUUCAUUUCAUUAUUUCUCUACUUAUCGUUGGUUGUACGUCCCAACUUCUUCACAGGAUUCAAAUUUUCAGUUGCAUGGUGGUCAUAUACUUUUCCAAUGACCACAGUUUCAAUAGCAACCAUAAAGUAUGCAGAGGAGGUUCCUUCUUUCAUAACCAAGGCUUUGGCUUUGGCCCUUUCGUUCAUGUCAACAACAAUGGUCUGCAUAUUAUUCGUCUCAACCCUUCUGCAUGCUUUCGUUUGGAAAACCUUAUUCCCCAAUGAUCUCGCCAUUGCCAUAACAAAGAAGAGAUACAGCAAGGAUAAGAAGCCUUUGAUGAAGCGUUGGACAAAACAUUCACCUCUUUCAUUUGUCACGUCAAUAGGGAAACAUAACUCAGGAGACAAAGAGUGCGCCUCUGAGGAGGAAAAAUGAUUUUAAAUCAAUAAUCACGCUGCAUAAAUGUAUAAUAUGGAAGUUAGCAGCAAUAUAUAAGGGUAUGAGGCAAUUAGUCC